AUGCAAGUGUUCUUGAAGCUUUGCCUCGGUCUCGUAUUGCUUGUAGCACAGUAUGCACCUGGAACUGCGGUUCCUAGUUCAGAUUGCCGAAGGCAGUGUGGUACCGUUGAGAUACCGUACCCAUUCGGUAUCGGACUGGACUGCUCACUCUCUCAAGGCUUCAACAUCAGUUGCAAGGUCCAAGAUGGCGUCUCCAAGCCAUUCAAAGGCGACUUUGAGGUGCUGGACAUUUCCUUGACUCGUGGCACGAUCCGGGUGCUCAACUACAUCACGGCCUACUGUUACAACGCCUCUACAGCGAGCAUGAAGUUUUUCGGCCGUUACGACGGCUAUGUAGGCCGACCUUCCUCCCUCUACCGGCUCUCCGACGUUCAGAACAGGUUCACCGUCAUCGGGUGCAACGCCCUCGCCUUUAUAUCCGACUACAAUGGCACUGGCUAUCAAGGCUUGGGCGUCGCAACGUGCCGCAACUUGUCAGACUUGGCAGACGGAUCCUGCUCUGGUAUGGGCUGCUCCCAGACUGCAAUACCAAAGAGGAUGUUUUACUACGACACAACCUUCUUGAAAGGGGUCAACACAAGUGAAAUAUGGGAGUUCAACCCUUGCAGCUAUGCGGUACUGAUGGAGGCAGCGGCAUUCAGGUUCAGCACAACGUAUAUAAACACCAACAAUUUCAAUGACACAUAUAAUGGAAGGGUGCCUAUGGUUCUUGACUGGGCUAUGAGAGAUGUGAAGUCAUGUGAUGUUGCAAAACAGAAUAUGACCGGUAUUUAUGCAUGCCUUAGCACCAACAGUGAGUGUGUGGAUUCCACCAAUGAUCAAGGGUACAUAUGCAAUUGCACCAAUGGUUAUGAAGGCAACCCUUAUCUUCAAGAUGGAUGCAAAGAUGUUAAUGAAUGCAGUCACAGCCCAUGCCCUUCAGAUGGCUAUUGUCACAAUGUCGGUGGAGAAUACCGGUGUUCUUGUCGACUUGGAAAAAAAUAUGUCAAAGAAAGCAAUACAUGCAACCAUAAUAUCGGCUUAAUAAUAGGAGUUAUAAUGGGAUUAUUCGGCCUGAUGGUUAUCAUCAUGAUCAUUGUCUUCUGGGGACAGAUGACAAUUCAAACGAGAAAACUUAAUAAAGUUAAGAAGGAGUAUUUUCGCCAGCAUGGAGGCUUGAUUUUGUUUGAUAGGAUGAAAUCAGAGAAAGGUCUUGCUUUUACUGUAUUUUCAGAAGCUCAACUCAUACGUGCCACCGACAACUACAAUAGUAGCAGAAUACUUGGAAAAGGAGGCCAUGGGACAGUCUAUAAAGGGAUAAUAAACAACAUGCCAGUGGCAAUUAAAAGAUGUGCAGUGGUUGAUGAAAGACAAAAAAAGGAAUUCGGCCAAGAGAUGCUCAUUUUAUCUCAAAUCAAUCACAAGCAUGUUGUCAAGCUCUUGGGUUGUUGUCUUGAGGUGGAAAUUCCGAUUCUAGUAUAUGAAUUUGUCCUAAACGAUACACUGUUCGAGCUUAUCCAUGGCAAGAACCAAGCAUUACAAAUAUCCUUCAGUACUCUCUUAAGGAUUGCUCAUGAAGCAGCUGAAGGACUUAGCUUCCUCCAUUCAUUUGCAUCUCCCCCAAUAAUUCAUGGUGAUGUGAAAACUUCCAACAUCUUGCUUGAUGAUAACUAUAUGGCCAAAGUGUCAGACUUUGGAGCCUCCAUACUAGCCCCAUCCGACAAAGAGCAGUUUGUCACAAUGGUUAAAGGUACUUGUGGUUACCUUGAUCCUGAGUAUAUGCAAACAUGCCAGUUAACAGACAAAAGCGAUGUGUACAGCUUUGGAGUUAUCCUUUUAGAGAUUCUCACGGGUCAGUUGCCACUAAAGCUCGAGGGGUCUGAGAAGCAAAGAAGCUUGGCAUUGAUUUUCUUGUCAGCCAUGAAGGAGAAUAACCUAAAUGAUGUGCUGGUUAGCCACGUAAAAGGCCAAGAGAGCAUGGAGUUGCUGGCAGGACUUGCAGACCUAGCUAAGAAAUGCCUAGAUAUGUGUGGUGACAAUAGACCAUCUAUGAAAGAAGUCGCUGAUGAGCUCAACAGAAUGAGGAAACUUUCACUACAUCCCUGGGCACGGCUCGAUGUUGAGCCAGAAGCAGAAAACCUUCUUGGGCAAGAAUCUAUUAGUGGGUAUGAAAUAGAAUUAAGUGGGUAUCCCAUGGGCGAAAGUGAGAACCAGCCCAUAAAUCCAAGAAGUUCCUAUUAUGCAAGGUGA